UAUUGCCUCUUUCCUUUUUCCUUUUCUUCUCAAUCUCCCCGUUGGCAAUUUUGAUUAAUUUCUUGACUCACCAACAGGGGAGAUAAUCAGAGGAUCUUUAGCAGGUUGGAGAUUCUUCCGGGAGUGUUCUUUAUUCUACAUCUGAAGUGGGAUUGAAUAAAAAGGUACCAAAAAGUCAGACGAGGUUUUUCAGCAUUUUUUUUACUGGGCCGCUGUUGGAUUAGGAGAAUGGGAAAACCAACCGGGAAGAAGAAAGGUCCUGUGGGCUUAAAUCGCAGUGAUUCAAAUGCUGCUAAGGUUGGCAAAGCUCCAGAUCGUACCUCUAAAGCAUUUGAUGAAGACACAGCUGUCUUCAUUAAUAUGUCCCAAGAAUUGAAGGAAGAAGGAAACAAACUUUUUCAGAAACGUGACCAUGAGGGAGCUAUGUUGAAGUAUGAAAAAGCUCUCAAACUGCUCCCCAGAAACCAUAUUGACGUUGCUUACUUGCGCAGCAACAUGGCUGCCUGCUAUAUGCAAAUGGGGCUUGGUGAGUACCCCAGAGCGAUAAAUGAAUGCAAUCUUGCACUUGAAGUUGCUCCUAAAUAUAGUAAAGCUUUGCUGAAGAGGGCUAGGUGUUAUGAGGCUUUGAACAGGCUUGAUUUGGCCUUAAGGGAUGUUAACAAUGUUUUGAGUAUGGAACCUAAUAAUCUAACUGCUUUAGAAAUUGCUGAGAAGGUGAAGAAGGCAGUUGAGGUAAAGGGGGUCGAGGAUAAAGAAAUUGUUCUGCCCCCUGAAUAUGUUGAGCCUCCCCUUCCAUCCAUAUCGAGCAAGAGUACGAAAGAGAAGUUGAAAAAGAAGAAAAGUAAUAGAUUUGAGAAGAGGAAGGUUUCGGAAGUUGAGCAAAAGAGAGAUGAGGAACCUGCAGAUAAGAAGGCUGAGGAUAAGGUUGUUGUGGAGGAGAAGCUUAGCGUUAAGGAAGAAAAAGUGGCCACCAAGACUGUGAAAUUGAUUCUCGGAGAGGAUAUAAGAUGGGCCCAGUUACCAGUUAAUUGCAAUAUUAGACUGGUGAGGGAUGUUGUUUUGGAUCGCUUUCCAAGUCUGCAUGCUGUGCUUAUCAAGUAUAAGGACCAAGAGGGUGACUUGGUUACAAUCACCACGACUGAGGAGCUGAGGUUGGCCGAGACAUCAGGCGAUCUUCAGGGCUUUUUGAGACUAUAUGUUUCAGAAGUUAGUCCUGAGAAAGAACCAUUUUAUGGGAGCAAUGAAGUUGAAGAUUUUAACAGCACCAGCAAAUUGUCUACUGUUGCGGAGAAUGGGAAUUUGGAGAAAGGCUUGGAACUGGACAAAGGUCAAACCUGUGUUGAGGACUGGAUUAUCCAGUUUGCACGCAUAUUCAAGAAUCAUGUUGGGUUUGAGUGUGACUCAUACUUGGAUCUUCAUGAGAUAGGGAUGAAGUUAUACUCAGAAGCUAUGGAGGAUACGAUCACAAGUCAAGAUGCACAACAGCUUUUUGAAAUUGCUGCACUGAAGUUCCAAGAGAUGGCUGCUUUAGCCAUGUUUAAUUGGGGAAAUGUUCACAUGUCAAGGGCAAGGAAGCGAGUGUUUUUCAAAGAAGAGGGUGGUUCUAAGGAAUCUGCAAUGGCAGACAUCAAAUCCGCUUAUGAAUGGGCACAAAGGGAAUAUGUUAAGGCGGGAAUGAGGUAUGAAGAAGCUCUUAGAAUCAAGCCAGACUUCUAUGAAGGUCUUCUUGCUCUUGGCCAACAGCGAUUUGAACAUGCAAAACUCUCAUGGUAUUAUGCUAUUGGAAGCAAGGCCGAUUUAGAGAUGGGAGCCUCUCCACAAGUUUUGGAGCUGUACAACAAGGCUGAGGAUAGCAUGGAAAGAGGCGUGCAGAUGUGGGAAGAGAUGGAGGAGGAGCGACUAAAUGGCCUCUCGAAAUCAGAUAAGCAUAAAACUGAGCUGCAAAAAUUGGGAUUAGAUGGGUUAUUUAAAGACGCAUCCCCUGAAGAAGCUGCAGAGCAGGCUGCAAAUAUGAGAUCUCAGAUACACCUUCUCUGGGGGACGUUGCUGUACGAACGCUCGGUUGUGGAAUUUAAGCUGAGUUUACCGACUUGGGAAGAAUGCUUGGAGGUUGCAAUUGAAAAGUUUGAACUUGCUGGAGCAUCUCCUACAGACAUAGCAGUAAUGGUGAAGAACCAUUGUUCCAAUGAGACUGCUCUGGAAGGCUUUGAAGUUGAUGAGAUAGUACAGGCAUGGAAUGAGAUGUAUGAUGCUAAUAGGUGGCAGUCUGGUGUCUCAACAUUCCGGCUAGAACCUCUUUUCCGUCGUCGGGCUCCAAAACUUCAUUCUAUGCUACAGACUUUUUAAGGUUUCAUGUUCGUGAUUGGCGAUUUUGCAUAAUACUAUUAUUUCUUCAUUGUCCAAUGGCUUGCAUACUACGAAGGUUGCUGGAUUCUUGACGACUUGCUUUUUGAUUUGCUUCUGGAAGCCAACACAAAAAAAAAAAAAAAGAAAAAAAGUUCACCAUUGAGUGAUGAUUUUGCAAACUAGGUAGCUUUCACGGGAUACAAAAAAAUUUCUUCAAUCUUUCACAAAAAUUUUUUUCCCCCUUGAGCGAAAUUUGGGGAGUAGUCUCGGUUUCUUAAAAGGUCAGUUGUAGACAAAUAUGUCUCGAGUGUAUACUUGCUUAUAUUCAUCACAUGUUGUAAAAGUCUUGCGGGGAUAGCCUGCAGUAGUGUGAUCUUGUUUGUUUUAUUUUGAUACAUACCACAGCUCAUUCUAGCUUUUUUGCUAAAAGAGACGAGAAUGAAUAUUUAUUAUUGUGUUGCUUCUCCUCA